AUGUGCGUCUUCCUCGCCAUCCAACUGCUCUGCCUCCACCGCUCCGCGCUGCACGACAUCAACUACCACGUCGUGCUUCUGGUCUGUCUGCUCCUCCUGCGCCGCAUAGUCGCCUGUUUCAUCGACUUCCAUCCGCAUGCCGCCAAUAAAGCCUCCGCACCUGCUGCUUCUUGGUCCGCCACUGGCAGCAGUGCUAGCAGCAGCUUCCUCAGUCGACUCUUCCUGAGUAGCAGGAACAGCCAAAGCGUGCUUGCACCUGCUGUUUCUCUCAGCGGUGCUGGGAACGCUACGCAUUCAGCAGCGGACAGUGUAGGUGGUAAUGUAGCUGCUAGUGAGGCUAGUAGUGGAAAAAGAGCGGCCAGUGGUGACACAAAGGAGUGGAGGGUGAAGGGCAAGGUCGGGCGGGAGUAUAGGCCGGUGGGGGAUAAAGGCAGUGCUGGUGCUGAUGUUGCUGCUGCUGCGGCCUCUGCUACUGCUGCCAGAGAGCCGUUCCCGUUGACUGGUAGUGGCGUGGUGGCAGGAGGGGCAGGAGAUGGGGUUAUCAAGGCCAGCAGCCAGCACAACACGGAUAGUUUUGGUGAAGGGGGCGGGUUUGACUCGCAAGGGGGAGGCAAGGAGCAGUUGUUGGGCGACGACUCUACUGUGAAGGGGAGCUCUCUGCUUAACCCGGGGCUUGUUGAAGCAGGGAGAAGCUCAGGGCAUGGGCAGUGGGAGCACCAUGUCUUCCCGCCCAUGGGCGUAGUCACCGGCACCUGCAGCUCCCUGAUUCUGGUGGGGCUGUAUGUUGCUGCCGUGGCUCUCCUCGCGCUCAAGCUCUCCCUCACCCUCCCCUGGCAGUCGCAGCUGCUCCUCUUUGUCCCGCCCAUCUGCUACGCCAUCAUCGUUGCUCUGCUCAACCACCAGAUUAGGUCCCUGCAUCGCGACGCUCCUCCCUCCGCCCCUCCUCCCUCGCUCCCUUCCCUGCGCCCCACCUCUCUCCUCCCCGCUUCUGUCACAUCCGAUAAGAGCACCAACACAGCAGCAGCACCGCCAGCAGCAGCAGCAGCAGCAGCAGCAGCAGCAACAACAGCCCCCCUGUCUGUUCUUCCAUCCUCCACAGUGACAGCUUCGCUUCCAUCACACUCCCUACAGCAACCACUCCUGCUCCGUCAGAGCCAACCCACAUCGUCCCAUCCUCCCUCACCCCCUCAACCCCCCAGCCAUCCAUCCGGUCUAAAUUCUCACUCUCACUCUCAAGCCUCUCCUCCCUCCUCUAUCCCGCUCACCUCCCCAUCCCCACAUGACUGCACAGUCCCACAGAAGAACCCUCUGCCUGGUGCUGAUUCUCAUGCAGCAGGAACGACUAUCCAGCAGCCAAUUAGCCUGCAUCCGGAUUUUCCCAGCAGCAACCAGCCAAUAAGCGUUCCUCUGGCGUCACAACAGACCAGUGAGCCACCUGGGGAGGUGGCCACGGGAAGGGGAGAGAGGGACGGCAGCAAGGCAGGUGCCAUGAAUGGUGGCAGCACCGAUAGCACCAGCACUAGCAGCAGCAAUGCUAGUACUGGGAUUGUCAGCACCAGCACGAGCAGCAACAGCACCGCCAGUCUCACCACCAGCAGCGCCAGCAGCAGCGUCAGCAGCAGCAGAGGCGGAAGCAUGAGGAGCAGCAGCAGUGGCAUCGGCGCUGCUUCUUCUGGUAGUGCGUCUGCAUCAUCAUCCGCGUCUGACUUCACGUGGUUCACUCGCAAGCUGCGGCGCUGGCCCAAGCUGCUGAUGCGCCUGGUGCUCGUGGAGGCGUGCAUGGGCAGCUACCUCGUGGGCGUUGUCCCCAUCAAAGGCACCUACAUGCAUGAGGACAUACUAGUGAGCCGCCUGUCAUGCUGUCUGCUGCUGGGAUAUGCGUUUGUGGGCGCGGCCAUGCUGCUGCUGAUGAAGGAGGCGGUGCUGCGCAGGGAACAGGUGGAGUAUGUGGCGGCGCACCUGGGGUGCUGGCACCGCGUUGACGUGCCCAAUUUCACCAUCAGCAGGGACGUUGCGGAGUGGAACCCUCACAGUGUGCCGUACAGUGAGGGAGCCAUCGUACAGCGGGGAGGGCGCCUCUUUGUGGGCCUCGGCAGGUUCAACACCGCUCAGCCGGGAUCGCUCUCCGCUGCCCUCCUCUUUCUGCUGCACCACCAACCCUUGGUCUUCUCCAACUGGGUUGUUGGCACACAGAUCUGCGUCUCGUUUUUGGAGCACGUCGGCCUGCCGUGGUCGCCCGCGCACUCUCCGCCCAUGGCGCAAUCCCCCUCCGCCACUCCCCCCAUGUCCCAAUCCCCCUCCGCCACUCCACCGGGCCGCUCUCCGCGCCAGCCGCCGCACGCUCUCGCUGCGUCGGGAGCGCCUCUUAAAAGCGAGCAUCCGUUUUCCGCGGCGUAUUUCCCGAAAUCCCCGUCCCUGCCGUCCCCCUCGUCCCUGCCGUCCUCCCCUUCGCUGGACGUGGUUCCCGAGGAGGACGUCUCUCUGCACGCCGCCGCUCUUGCCGAACCGAAUAGCUCAGGUUCGGCAGCAGGCGCGGGAGCAGGCUCGGCGACAUUAGGUUCCGAAGCAUCACGUUCGGCAGCAGCAGGUUCGGCGUCAUCAGCGCCGUCGGAUCGGGAUCUUUCUGGUGGGACGGGAAGGGAGGAAGCAGAGAGCUGCAAUCUCGUUCCUCUCGUCGUUGAAGACCCUAUUAUCGGCUUAACCGAAUCCCCUCCAAAAGCUGCUCCGGUAUUGGAUAUAGCACCUUCCCCUGCUGACGCCGCCGCUCCAGUCGCGUCCGCGUUAGACAGCGGUUUUCCCCGUUUGAAGCCGAUUCGUUUAAGUGCAGAGAGCCGCGAGGGCGUGAACCUGGUCGCGUCGCUGGACUUCGGGAUUGGCUCGCUGCGGGAGAGCAGAGGGGGGGGGGAGCGGGACGGGGGAGGGGGUGAGUGGCGCGCAGGGGGAAGCGCAAGGGGCAGCGGGGGAACCGCAAGGGGCAGCGGGGGGAGUGCAAGGGGGAGUGCAGGGAACGAUAGAGGAAGCGCGGGAAACGAGUUGAAAGGUGGGGGAAGCGCACGCACAGGCGGAAGUGGAUGGGCGGAAAGACGUGGCAGCUCCCCCCCAGCAGCAGGGGGCGCGCAGCAGGGGGGCGCGCACCACCAGCGACAGGCAUCAGGGGAGCGCAGCCCCGUGGGGUCGUCCGCGCCGUCCUCGCCCCUCCCCACAAUCACCAUCGGCCCCGUGGUCGUCGGCUCUCAGGUGGUGGGGCAGCAGGGGGUGGGGCAGCAGGGGGUGGGGCAGCAGGCGCAGCACCAGCGACAGGCAUCAGGGGAGCGCAGCCCCGUGGGGUCGUCCGCGCCGUCCUCCCCUCUCCCUACCAUCACCAUCGCCCCCGUGGUCACACCACCACAGCAGCAGGGGCAGCAGACCGGGCAGCAGACCGGGCAGCAGGGAGCAGCGCAGCACCAACGGCAGGCAUCAGGGGAGCGCAGUCCCGUAGGGUCGUCCGCACCCUCGUCCGCGCCGUCCUCGCCCCUCCCUACCAUCACCAUCGGCCCCGUGGUCGUGGGCUCAGAAGUGGUCUCAGAGGAAUUCGGUAUAAGGCGCCCACGCGGUGAUGGCACGCUGGCAGGAGGGGGCGGGUCAGGGAAUAUGGCGAGAAUGCUUGAGUCGACGCGACACUCCCCUCGGGGAGCGUUGGCAGGAGGGGGAGGGUCAGGGAAUGUGCUGGGAGGCUUUCCUCAUGAGCUUACCCGAAGCUCGCCUCUUGGGUCAUCUCGAACCUCGCCCAGGACACAGGACGGGUCAGCAUCGGUGGUAACCAGGUCCACGUCAGCAGCUGCUGAGUCAGACGCGGGGGAGCGCGGGCAGCGGGUGGAUUACAGCGAGAUGCUGCUGUUAGAGGGUAGCGGGUCUGACUCUGACGCGUAUGAGGAUGAGGAGGACGUGGGGUAUGUGAGGAGAUUAGUGGAGGACGAGGAGAGGUUCUUAUUGUAUGAGUUAGACUCAGAAACUGAUGAUGAGAAAGGGAGCAGCAGUAAGGUUUCGGUGGGUAAGGGCGAAGGGGAGGGUGCGUUGACGGAUGAGAAAGGGGGCAGCAGCAGCAAGGGAUCGGAGGGUAAGAGCAUGGGAGAGGGAAAAGGGGUGGAAGAGGGGAGCGCGUUGGAUAAAGACCUGUCGGUUCGAGAGGCAGAGAAGGGCAGCAGCAGUGGGACGACAGGGAAAGGGGUGGAGAUGAGUUUUGAAGCGGUGCAGAAGGGUACUGGGGCAGGGGACGGGGCGGACUCAGGGAGCGGGGCAGCAGGUGCUGCAGCAGGGGAGGCAGCGGGUGUUGACGACGGGGAGAAGGGGCGAGGGGGUGAGGGGGAGAGGAUGAACGGUGGGGCAGAGGCAGUGGAGGGAGGGAGUGCUGUGGAUCUCAUUGCGGAUUUCAUUGAUACGAGGACCAGUGACGCUGGUGGCCUGGAUGGUGGUGGUGCCGCUAAGGGUGCUGAUAGGGAGGGUGGCAGGGGUGUGCUUUUACAGAAUGUGAUUGUAGGAGACGGGGCGAGGGGCAGUGGGGGCGGGGCAGGGGGAGGGGCGGAGGAGGGGCGGAGGGAUGACGAGCAAGGGGGGGAGGGGGGAGGGGCUGGUUUUGGAGAGGAUUUUGGAGGGUUUGGGGGGGGUGGCGGAGAUAGGGGAGGAGGGGACGGGGGAGGCGGGUUUGGGCACGAUGGGGAAGGGGGGGGCUUUUCGUUCCACUCGCCCUCGAGUAACGAGGGGCUUUCGCGGGGUAACUCCGGGUGGUCGGGGCUGGGGGAGGGGUUAACCCCCCCGUCCCUGGGGAGCAGCGGAGCAGCAGUCAUGGGGGAAAUAGAGCUAGAACACGAGUUAGAGAGGAUGGGGAGCGUUGCUGAUAGCACUUUGGAGGUUUGGAAGAAGCAGGCCAGUGGUACGUUUCCGAAGCUGGCGCAGACUGCUUCGGGGAACUGGGAUUUUGCGGACAAGGGGAGCGUGGGGGGUGGGGGAGGGGAGGGGAGGAGUGAGGGGAGGAGUGGGGCGGGGAGUGAAGGGGGGAGUGCGAGGAGUAGUGUGGGUGGAGAUAGGCGGUCAAGGCUUUCGGUGGAAUCGGUUGAAGUGGGGGAGUUGGGGGAGGUUGGGGGAGUGGGGGGGGAAGAGGUGGGAAAGAGAGAGGAAGAGAAGAAGCCGGAUGAAGCGAGUGUGGGAGAAGCAGGGAGAGGGAAGGCAGUGGGGAAGGAAGGAGGGGAUGGGGCAGGGGGUGCUAAGAGGAAGGCAAAGAGUGGGGAGCAGGCAGCAGUAGGGGAUAAAGAAGAGGGGAAGGGGAAGGAGGAUGGGAAGGGGAAGGAGGAGGGGAAAGCGAAAGAGGAGGAGGAGUUUGAGACGUUCAAUCUGAGAGUCAUUCAUAGAAAAAACAGAACCGGGUUUGAGGAGGACAAGGACUUUCCGGUCGUCCUCAAUUCCGUCAUAGCUGGUCGCUACUACGUGACAGAAUACCUGGGAGCAGCGGCGUUCAGCAAGGCCAUCCAGGCACACGACCUGCACACGGGCAUGGACGUGUGCAUGAAGAUCAUCAAGAACAAUAAAGACUUCUUUGAUCAGAGUCUCGAUGAGAUCAAGCUGUUGAAGUUUAUCAAUAAGCAUGAUCCGGCGGAUGAACAUCACCUGCUGCGGAUGUAUGAUUACUUCUACCACCGGGAGCAUCUCUUCAUAAUAUGCGAGCUGCUACGAGCCAACCUGUACGAGUUCCACAAGUACAACCGGGAGUCGGGAGGAGAGGUCUAUUUCACCAUGCCGCGCAUUCAGUCCAUCGCCAAGCAAAUUCUCAAGGCCUUGCGCUUCAUGCACUCCCUUGGGCUCAUACACUGCGACCUCAAGCCCGAGAACAUCCUCAUUAAGAGCUACUCCCGCUGCCUCGUUAAAGUGAUCGACAUCGGCAGCAGCUGCUUCACAUGGGACGCGCUGUGCUCGUACGUGCAGUCAAGGUCCUACCGCGCACCGGAGGUCAUUCUAGGCCUACCUUACGGACCCAAGAUUGAUGUGUGGUCGCUCGGCUGCAUUCUGGCUGAACUGUGUUCCGGACAGGUGCUCUUCCAGAAUGACUCCCUGGCAACGCUGCUGGCGCGCGUGGUGGGCAUCAUAGGGCCCAUCGACCCCUCCCUAUUGCGCAGGGCCAAGGACACACACAAGUACUUCACACGGCACAGAGUGCUGUAUGAGAGGAACCCGGAGACGGACGCACUGGAGUAUCUGAUUCCCAAGAGGACGUCACUCAAGCACCGGCUGCCCAUGGGAGAUGAGGGCUUCCUGGAGUUUGUGGCGUUCCUGCUACAGGUGGACCCCGAUAAAAGACCGACAGCUGAUGAAGCUCUUCUACACCCGUGGAUGUCGCAUGAAUAUGAUCCCAUCACUUGA